AUGUCUGGACCAUUACGACAGUUGAUCGGGCCAACAAAGGCAAGACUUUUGCGAUAUUUCGAUGAGGUAAAUACGAUCUUUGAGAGAAACGUUGAGGUUGGAGAGGAUAUAGAAGAUAUUGACGUAAGAGUUUCACGAUUGGUAGACCUUUCGAGUCGAAUUCAGAGAGGAUGCAGAUUAUUGGAGAGAUGUAAUAAUGAUUGGGCUAAUAUUUUGAAGGAUCUACAGCCCGAUGACCGGACUGCAGUAGAACAGACAUACGCUUCUGUGGCUGAAGGCAAAACUUGCUUCAUUGCUGUUCUACUUGAUUGUCAUGAUAUGGAAGCCAAGAUUGAAACCCAACUUUCUCGACUCGAUAGCUUGAAGAAACAACAUAUAGCAAAGGUGGAGCUGGAGCUGGCACCUAGACUAGGUGAGAAAGAUCCAAAUGUUGUGCAAACUGAAGCAAUUCAAGCGAUCGGAGAAGCCAUUGAAGCAAUGGCCCACGACCACAGACGUGAGAGGCCAAAAUCUGAAUUCUGGGACAUGUUUCAGUCAUCGGUUAACACGCAAGAGCGUCCAUCUGUCACUAAGUUUACUUAUUUGAAAGGAAUCCUUACAGGGCAAGCAGCAGCUGCUAUUUCAGGAAAAGCUGUCACGGAAGAGAACUAUGACAUAGCACUUCGCACACAUCGAGACAAAUACGGAAGAAAGGAUGUCAUUGUUGAGAGUCUAUACGCUUCAUUUCAAAAGAUACCGAUUGCUUCAAACGAAUUUGCAGAUGUUCAACAUACAUAUGAUGCGAUUCAGUGGAUCUUGAAACAACUUGAGACACAUGAUGUCAAUCAUCCGCGUCUGCUUAUACCAAAUUCUGUCAAAGUUUCACGUGGAUACCGUCACAAAGUUGGAGGAAUCUAA